AUGGGUCGGCUCGAUCGGAGUGAUACCACGGCCUCAGAAUACUGGCGUAAAACAACUACAGCGUUGUGUUUCGCCUAUGGCACAACAGUUUUGUAUGAUAACAUAUUUUGGGGACCUCAAAUUGAAGACGCCAUGCCUCAAGGUUACGGAGAAGGAUCAGCAAAGAUCUGGGAGCAAUACAUCAAUGAUGCUGAAGUUGUUAAGAUGGAGGCGGGAUGUGGGAGGAUGCAGAAUCGACUGGUGACUUUCAAAGAUGGUCUCCAAGCGUGUGUUAGGUACAGACAAAACACAGACCAAAUUCAAGGAGAAAUAUUCAGUUUUUACGUCGGAAGGCUAUUGAACUUGACCAAUUUAGCCCCUUCUGUUGUUAGGAUAGUUGAUUUAAAGGAUAAACUGUGGAAGAAUGUGGCUAAUGACAUCGCUGCUGCACAAUGGGGAUCUAAUAGGGCUGUGGUUUUGACGCAAUACAUACCAAGUUUAGAGUCAGCAUCAAUACCAGAUGUUUUCCGACCGACAACCAGGCAUUUGAAUAAGCAUGAUAUCCUAAAAAUGUCCCUAAAAGAGAAUGACACGGAAAGCAAGCACAUUUUGAUAGACAAACUACGAUUUAAGGACUUGAAAUCGAGAUCAGAGAUUAAGAACUUCACGUACAUAAACUUGAAAUUGAACAAGAAAAUGAUAGAUAAGUUUCUGGAGCUAGCUCAAUGGUCAGAUUUGAUCAUUUUCGACUAUUUGACGGCGAAUUUGGAUAGAAUAGUCAAUAAUUUGUUUAAUUAUCAGUGGAAUGUUAACAUAAUGGAUGGUCCAGCUCAUAAUCUGGCUAAGAAAAUGGACAGUGGACUUUUAAUAUUUUUAGAUAAUGAAUCAGGACUGUUACACGGUUAUAGACUUUUGAAAAAAUAUAACAUGUAUCAUAGGUUGAUGUUGGAUAAUUUGUGUGUGUUCAGAAAAAGGACAGUGGACUCUUUGCAGAAGUUGUUCAGGACGAAAUCUGUAGGUUCCUUGCUAAGUGAUAUGUUUCAUAAGAAGAAUUCAAUAGUUAUUAGAGAUAUUCUCCCCUCGUUGCCGGAGAAAAAUGCUAAAAUUUUAAUUGAGAGGAUAGUUCCAAGUGAUUUCUGGAUCCAAGAGAUGUGCUUGCGUCCGGGAGCAAUAAGGCACUGCGGCCUCGGCCUAGACCAGGAGAACGGAGUGAUUUUUAGUCAGUUACGUCUUUUGCUUCGAAGAACCAAUAGACCACCACAAAUAGGACGCAAUAGGGCUGCAGUUCAGCCGGGGUUGCAAGGUUCGAUACCCGAGUUACGUUGUGCUCUGGUGAUGGCUGAGUGGAAUACUACACUUUACCACCGUAACUCUUGUCGUGGGUGCUGUAUAAGCAUGGCUCUCCAUGCUUUGGUGUGUCGGCUCGACCGGAGUGAUACCACGGCCUCACACAAAACCAGCGUGAAACAACCACAGCGUUGUGUUCCACCGUGUGAGUGA